GCUGCCUGGCGCUCCGGCUUGGCUGGUUCCGGGUUGAGAGGCUGCGCUGGGACCACAGCAGUGACCACUGAGCCGGCGGGGGCCCCCUGCAUCUCAGGCCCCCAUCUCCGCCGCCCCCGGAGCCAUGGCGUGCAGCCUCAAGGACGAGCUGCUCUGCUCCAUCUGUCUGAGCAUCUACCAGGACCCUGUGAGCCUGGGCUGCGAGCACUAUUUCUGCCGCCGCUGCAUCACGGAGCAUUGGGUGCGGCAGGAGGCGCAGGGCGCCCGCGACUGCCCCGAGUGUCGGCGAACGUUCGCCGAGCCCGCGUUCGCGCCCAGCCUCAAGCUUGCCAACAUCGUGGAGCGCUACAGCGCCUUCCCGCUGGACGCCAUCCUCAAUGCGCGCCGCGCGGCACGACCCUGCCAGGCGCACGACAAGGUCAAGCUCUUCUGCCUCACGGAUCGCGCCCUGCUCUGCUUCUUCUGCGACGAGCCCGCGCUGCACGAGCAGCACCAAGUCACCGGCAUCGACGAUGCCUUUGAGGAGUUGCAGAGGGAGCUGAAGGAGCAGCUUCAGGCCCUUCAGGACAGCGAGCGGGAGCACACAGAGGCACUGCAGCUGCUCAAGCGACAGCUGGCGGAGACUAAGUCUUCCACCAAAAGCCUGCGGACCACCAUCGGCGAGGCCUUCGAGCGGCUGCACCGGCUGCUGCGGGAGCGGCAGAAGGCCAUGCUGGAGGAGCUGGAGGCCGACACGGCGCGCACACUGACCGACAUCGAGCAGAAAGUCCAGCGCUACAGCCAGCAGCUGCGCAAGGUGCAGGAGGGGGCCCAGAUCCUGCAGGAGCGGCUGGCUGAAACUGACCGACACACCUUCCUGGCCGGCGUGGCCUCACUGUCAGAGAGGCUCAAAGGCAAAAUCCACGAGACCAAUCUGACAUAUGAAGACUUUCCAACCUCCAAGUACACUGGCCCCCUGCAGUACACCAUCUGGAAGUCCCUGUUUCAGGACAUCCACCCAGUGCCAGCUGCCCUGACCCUGGACCCGGGCACCGCCCACCAGCGCCUGAUUCUGUCAGACGACUGCACCAUCGUGGCCUACGGCAACCUGCACCCCCAGCCACUGCAGGACUCGCCAAAGCGCUUCGACGUGGAGGUGUCAGUGCUGGGCUCCGAGGCCUUCAGUGGCGGCGUCCACUAUUGGGAGGUGGUGGUGGCGGAGAAGACCCAGUGGGUGAUCGGGCUGGCACACGAGGCCGCAAGCCGCAAAGGCAGCAUCCAGAUCCAGCCCAGCCGUGGUUUCUACUGCAUUGUCAUGCAUGACGGCAACCAGUACAGCGCCUGCACGGAGCCCUGGACGCGGCUCAACGUUCGAGAUAAGCUUGACAAGGUAGGCGUCUUCCUGGACUAUGACCAAGGCCUGCUCAUCUUCUACAAUGCCGACGACAUGUCCUGGCUCUACACCUUCCGUGAGAAGUUCCCUGGCAAGCUCUGCUCCUACUUCAGCCCCGGGCAGAGCCACGCCAAUGGCAAGAAUGUGCAGCCCUUGAGGAUCAACACCGUCCGCAUCUAAUGCAACAGAAGGAAACCGCAAGCACCAGGGCCAGGGCCACCGGCAAGAGCCCUGCCCUGGAGACAGGAGGCCUGGCUCUGGCCCAGCAUGGCCAGUUGUUUACCCUUCAGCCUCCCUUGUCUGUAAAAUGGAGUUUGUGCUCCAUGAGUCUUAAGCCCUCAUCCAGCAUUGAUGUUCUGUAGCUCUGACCUUGAUGGGGAUGUACCUUUGGUCCAAGAAUGUGACAUGGCUUCUCCUCAGGGCAGCCCCUGCCCAACCCUCAUCCCCAUCCUUUCAGGGGCAGGGGACUGUCUCCCUGUAUCUCCCUCCUACCCAUAUGCCCUAACCUCAGGAUAUGUCAGAGUGUUGUUGCCAGCAGUUGACAGCUCAAAAGAUACUCAGAACCCUCUUUGUCUCCCAGGCCUAAGGCUGCCCCUGACCAAGCUAGUGAUGGGCCGGUUUAUGCUUGACCCCGGCCCACAGCGAACACAGGCAGUAUCUGGACCUAGUGUGGCCUGAGAACCACCCUCUUCUUCCACCUCCGGACCAAGAGCUUUAUGGUUCCUGCUUUCCCCACUUCCCUGCAGGUAGAGGUGGUGCUGUGACCUGCGGAAGUCACCCAGUAGUUGAGCCCACAUGGUACGGUCACUGUGCCACCACCUUCCUGCCCACAGGUCUAAUGGCAUGACAAUAGCACACCUCACAGCUAAUGUAGAGCCCAGUGGCCUAACGUCAGCUACAGGACAAGCAUCAUCGGAUGAUGAGGCUUGGAUAGGGGUCCGGCCAGACCUCUGUGACUAGCUAGGGUGCGCGGGAGGCUGCGGGGAGCAGCUGUUCUCGUCAGGACCUGAGAACUGGAAAGGGCUGCGGGGCGGCAACUCUCAUCUGGCUUGGCAUCUUUCUCCGUUACGAUCCUGUUGUAGAACACAAGAGCUGCUUUAGCUAGUUUAACUAGACAGGAUUUAUUACUGGGUCCCUGAUGGCUUUGCCAAAUCAUUGGAAGGGCUGGAGGAGCAGACUCUUUGCUGAAUUUCCAGGAGCAGCUCCCAGCUGCCAGAUUCAUCAUGUCCCUCCUGACCGGGAACACUGCUUCUGUGCGCGGGAAGCCCCUGCUUCAGGAAGUCGCUGACUGCAGAAUUGUGCUCCCUCUGCUACUCUUCAUGCCAGCAAAUGGAUGUCCUGAGGCCUGCUUCUCUCUCACUCAAUUCAAUUCCCCAAUCCAGUCUCUAGGAGGGAUUCUGUUUGUGGAAUUGUAAAUCAGACCCAGAACUUGGGCUGCAAGGGAGUCUGGGAAAUGUAGUUUUCUUUUUUCCAGCCUCAGCCGUACCAAAAAACCCUCUAGAAGGAAAUUAAAAUGGAUGUCGAAGAAGCCCAUCCAUGGUUUUUGCCACUGGAGUCUACCUCCAGGCCUUGGCUUUGAAACAGCAGAGCAUCCAGGUUCCCUGUUCCGUAGCUCUGUCCCUGCGCAGGGGCAGGGGCCCAAAGCUGAAAUCUCUCUCCAGCCUUGGCUUUUCUUUCAAAUCCUGGGGCCUAGAUUCUGAACUUGGAGCCUCUGACCAAAUCCAUCGCAAAGGAGCCAGACUAACUGAACUUGGGGGUCUCUCACCUCACAAUGCUGCCCACUGGGGGCCCCCCUCGGGCAGGAGAAAUCCUCAGUCUCACCCCAUCCCUUCAUCUACCGGAAUCUAGGCUACCCCCAGCAGUAUUUUUAUUUUAAAUGUUGCCCAUUUUGUGAGUUAUGAUGAAUUUGUAUUAAAUUAAAGUUGCAGGAUAUCAGUGGUCAGUUUCAUUCAUUUUGACAAACAAAAAGGCCUACCUGUUGUGUCUCAGGCAGUCUCCAUACGUUAGCAUGGGUGAUCCACAAAGCUCCCUGUUGGGUAGAUAGUAUUAGGCCCAUUUUACCAAAGUGGAAAAAUAAGGUUAAGAAAGAAGACAUGACUUACCUACACAAAAAGGAGAGGCAAAGGCAGCCCGACCUUGGGGAGGAAAGAGGGAUCAGCAAAGAUCUUACCCAGGACAAUGACUAGGACUACAGUAACCCCCUUCAAAUCCCCAUUUGUGGUCAGCAGGCAAAGCGCUGGUACUUUUUGCCCAGGCUGGUGUGGCUCAGUAGUUUGAGCACCAGCCUGUGAACAAAAGGUCGCCAGUUCAAUCCUAGUCAGAGCACACGUCUGAG